UAUCAGAUUUAUUGACCCUCAGAAAUAUACCGAGCUACUUGACAAAUUUCAAAAUAUACCGUAAAUAUACUGCCGAAUUAUUUGCAUUCAAGUUGCAUCGCAAUUGCAGCAAAUUUAACAAAGUCUAAUGUCAUACAGCUUUAAAGAGUCCCUUAAUUUGGCUUAUCGUCGUAUUUCACUACACUUCCAGAUCAAUCUAUUUCACAAGACGGUGACAGGGCUGCAAUUAAAAAAAAUAGCAUAUUAAUUACCUAUCAGCUAUCGAUUACAGUUAGGGUUUCAGGGUUGAUUUAAGAGAGACCAUUAUUUAAAUUAAUUUCUGUCUGUCAUGACUGAACAGUCUGCAGGAUUCCAAUAACUUUGAGAUAUCUGCUACACAAAUAAUAAGGUGCAGUACAGAAACCGCUUAAUAUGUAUAUUGGCGGACUAGAAAGUCGGUACUAGAGCUCGCUGAGCUUAGCCUGGAUAGAUCGCUUGUGAGGAACCACUUGCGUUUGCGAAUCAACGACUCGGCUGUGCUCAAUGUAUCCCUUACGGAGCAGCCCCAAACCAUGACACUGUUGGGCUGGUUGUCACUGUGAGCAGUGACCAUCGCUAUAUGUUCCCACUGAAGAUGGUUGGAGUAGCUGUGGGCGCUGCUGCUGGGCCAGACGAUCUUCAGUCACAAUCGAUGUUCUAUAACGUGACUGAAAAGAUCGAAGAUCCAAGUACCUACUUUCUUACGGACGGACUUGGAAUGCCCACUGUCGCUGCUUCGUUAAUGUCGGAGCACGCCCAAAUAGCCCACUUUGCUGUGGCCUACCAGAACAAGGUUUUGAUCCACGGUAUGAACUGUGUCGAUGACUCCAUUGUGACGCACGAGGUCGAGGAACCGCAUCUGAUGCCUCGCUUUCUGUACAACCUUGCGGGGGCUCUGAGACGAGCGGACUCUGUGGAUGCGGCCAAUUACAUGUCAUUCAGUGAAAUCGAUGGCACGGCCUAUCUUCUGGUUGUUUACAGGAGCAAUGAGCUGCGACUCUGGUCAGUGGAUACUAUGCAGGCAGUAUCCACCAUUAACUGCUCUGAUGGAGGUCAAGGAGCACCAACAGCACAAGGACCACAAACAACUCUCACACAACGAUGGGCUAAGUUUUUUUGCGUGCAACUCGACAAGAAUAUGACAGAUGUUGGUUCCAGAGACAUAGAAUUGAUUAUGAAGCACACAGUGGUGAAGCCAGACAUGGAUCUGAUCGACUUUAAUGUCACCCUCAUACACAUCUGUGCGCUCUGGAGCAAUGUUGAAGGUGAUUUUAAUGUCUCCACGAUCUAUUAUGGCUGUAAUCAGGCCAUUCAAAGGGGUCUUCUGUCCUAG